AUGCGUCUCUGGCUCUUCCUGAAGUCCCGCAUGCGGGUCCCGGAGAAGCCGUCGCCCGGCCACGAUCACCACGUGCCCAAGCCCGUGUACGGCAUAAGAGACAUCGUUCCAGUGUUGACGGCGCCGCGGACAAUGCAGUACAACAGCGCGAACAAACCGAUGCAGGUCUUCCCAGCGAUGCCGUCGAAACAGCUGCAAUGCGAGGGCUGGGGUCGAGCUGCAAUCAAGAAUAUCACUGACUGGCUGGACAAAUCGUUUGCGGACAAGUACGUCGAAGGUAAGGGAGGCACGGAGUGGCACUAUAUCCAGCUGGACGGUUGGGUGAUUCAUUUUUGGAACCCGGAGCACUGGCACCCGUGUGCGCCCGACGACCGCGAGAUGCUCCCGGUCGGGUGGAUCGACUUACGGAUGGUUCAGGCCGUCGAGACGGAGAUGUUGCAUGGCCGCUGGAACGUGGACUGCCCCUACGAGGUCAGAGUACUUAUGCGUACUGGUUACAUGAGCUUCUUCGUGCGAAAAGCAGAGGAGGCAGCCCGAUGGUGCGAGGUCAUCGAGGCUGGGUUUGCCGAGCACCAGAUCGCCGAAGAGGCCAAGCGGACCAAGAUGAUCGAGUCGGCGAAGGACAUCUAUACCCAUACAAUCGAUCUCGGGCAGGUUGUUACCGGAGCCGGCGGGGCGACGCACAAGCGGGGCAAGGACGGGCUGCUCCACAUGUCGAUCGACCCCGCGCGCGAGGCCGUGCUCCGUGGCCUGUGGGUGCGGUGCGUCCGCGCCUCGGCGGGCCAGGGCGGCGACCUGCAGGACACCUUCAGGCAGAUCUUCGAGUUGUACGACUUUGACGGCAAUGGCAACUUGCGAAUGGACGAGCUCGAGAUCAUGGUCAGAGAGCUGCUUGCGGUCAGGUCGCCAGGGAGGACCCGCGGCAGGAGCAGGACGAGGUUGUGCUCUCGCACGGCCGCACGAUGCUCAACGGCGCCGAAGAGGAGCGCACGUGGAUGA